AUGACUUUAGGCUAUCAAGUUAAACUAAGAUUUAUGAUUGACCAAAAAGAUAGCUUGGAUAAUAUGCUCUUUAUAAAGGACCAGUUAAAUCUGUUUUUAACUAACAGAAAGCUUAAAAAAGGUACUAUUGGUACUAUGCAUAGAAUAGAAAGCAAUUCAUUUGUUAAGGUCCCACUUAUAAUUGAAUAUAUCUAUAGAUUUAGAUUAAAAACUAAAAAACAAGAGUCAUUUGACAAAUGA